GACGCUCCAUUCGCAAUAAAAAGGAGAAAAGAAGAUGGCGGAUUUUUCUACGAAGGGUACUGUAUUGAUCUUCUAAAUGAGCUUGCAAGAAAACUGAAAUUUACCUACGAGGUUUACAUUUCUCCUGACGGGAAGUAUGGAGCUGAAAACGAGAACGGAACUUGGAACGGAGUUAUUAAUGAGAUUUUGAAUGAGCGAACGGAUAUGGCGAUUUCCGCACUAACUAUAACUGAAAGGCGAGAGAAAGUCGUGGAUUUCAGCUUCCCCUUUAUGCACUUCACCACGGAUAUAUUAUUGAGGAAGCCAUCUUUCGGAGAAAAAAUUGACCUUUCCCAGUUUAUGGCCCCGUUUGAUAAUCAAGUCUGGUUCGCUACCUUGGCCACCUUGGUAAUCAUCUCCAUUGCUGUGUUUGUAUUAAACUUCUACAGUCCUUAUGGAUAUAAAGAUGAUAAUGGCCGAGGCACAUCAAAAGAGUUCAGCUUCUUCAACAGUAUGUGGUUUGCUUUAGCUUGUAUGCUGCAACAGGGGGGAGAUAAUACACCAAAGAGCCUAUCAGGUCGGAUACUCGUUGGUUGUUAUUGGUUCUGCAUAUUAAUCUGGGUCUCGACGUACACUGCCAACCUGGCAGCUUUUUUCACUGUAAAAAAGGCCGAGCAUCCAAUAAAUAACAUUGAAGACCUUGUGAAAUCGUCUUAUUCGGUAGCAGUGCUUGAUUCAUCUAGGNUCCCUAGGCGCGUGAACUUCUUGACUUUGAAAUAUGAUAUAACUCUGUACUGCACUAGUUAA